GUCGCUACAUAUUGACACCCAUUCAUAGGCUCUCUCGCCACAUGAGUGCAGCCAAUCCGUCAGUCAGUCAGAGUCCUGUAAGGGUCUGCUGGGGUCGAUGUUGUCCGGGGUUGUCUUGUGGAGUGUCAUGAGGUGCGUCCACAAGGGGUGGAUGAAGCUGUAUCGGUGCAGCCGGUACUCCUUCAGACACGACGCUAUCACCGCCACUUGCAGCGAACGGAACAGGGUGAUGAAUCCCACAAAUAUGCACACUACCUCCUGCGCACAUAGUAGGAGACACAGACAACACGCAUACACACAAGAAGUGUCGGCAGGGCGAUGAGUGAGGCACGGCACUGUCUUACCACUAGCGUCAGGAAGCUGUGUUGCCGUAGAGAUAUCAUGCCACGACCUGAGCAUACACACACACGUACGCAUGCGACAUGCUCUCCACCUGCCUCCAGGUAGACAGGCAUGUAUGCUCGUGUGUGUCCCUCCCUCACUUCUGUCCCAUAGAGUGGUCAGCAGCGUCAGCAGCCGGGAUGCAAACGCCCCGUCGGCCCUGUGCUGCGACUGGUGCGUGUAGAAUACGGCAGACGAGGCGAUGACAAAACCCGCCAACAGGAUGAUGGCCACGAGCAGCGGGGCACGCAGCUUGGCGACUGUCGACCGAAGGGCUUGCAGCUGCGAAAAGUAGAACAGACUGUAUCGGACCAUCGCUCCCAUGAACAGCAGCAAAAGGAUGGAAUCGGCGAUGUGGGAUGCCUACAGGCAUGAGAGCAAAGCGGGAAGCAGCAUGUACAGCAUGGCACAUCAAUUGUGGGAAGGUGUCUCACAUUUCGCAGCCGGUAAAAGUAGUCGAAGCUGUCAUACGCCUCGAGACCAUCCAGCACGCUAUCCUGUGGGCGAGAGACGCGGAGAGGUGCAGGCAUAUAGCCCAGAGUCUGCCGUUUCGUGUUUCUUACGUUGAUGUGGUCGGCUGCCCAUGUGGUUCGGAUGGCAAACGACACAAUGAUCAUGAUGGGGAUCGACAGAAAGAGAAACGUCCACACAGACAGCCUGUAAUGACAUUUGUAGUAUGUAUGGAUGCCAAUGAGACUUGCCGUCCGUUCUUGUUACUUUUCUUUCUCUGUAUCGUAUCUCGGCCGCAGUAUGCGGCGACCCUGACAGAAGACACGCCUGUGUGUGUAUGUGUGUCUCUUUGUGUGUCUUACCUCCAUUGCGAUGACCACGAGUGCCCACAAGAUGGCGAAGGCAAAGAGCACGUGGUCCUGGGCCACGAGGAUGUAGGAGCUGACCGCUAUGGGCAGCAGCUGCACCUGGGUCACCGCCGAACCUGAGACAACAGCCAUCUGUGGGCUGAGUUUAUAUGCAUGGCUGUGUCGGGUGUUGGUUGAGGACCGGCGACAUUGAUUUCUAGAUUGACGUAGCAGCUGAGGAUGGCGUCCACACUGCACAGAGAGACACACCGACGUGUACACCGCAGUGCGAUCGGUCAUUGACUGAGCACGCUCACCUUGGGUUGUAGAGUAUGAAGGACACCUUUACUAGCCGCGUGUCGGCGGUCAGCCAGCCGGCCCUUAGUGACGCAAGAUCGUUACGCAACGUCGCGCUGAAAGAGCAAAGAACCAACGGCGAUCCUUCUCGUGUGUCCUGCAUGGAAUUGCUCACAUGUCGUCGACAGCCACGUGUCUGGUGUCUCCAUCGCCGCCCGAAUCAUAUCUGCCCAGCAGACCAUAGCUGUCACCACCAGCCGCAGGGAGGGCCCCGGCAGGGCCCUUCUUCCAGUCAGCAGCAUCCCUGGCGGCACGAAUCUUGGGCUCGAUGUUGAUGCGAUGCCAGCUGACAGUGGACACGCAGAAAAUGAGGAGACAGGCAUGUUUAUGCCGUAUGUGUGUGUGGUGUCCCAUGCGAACAGGCUGGCUUACGUGUAUGGUGGCUGACAUGCUGGGAAGGCAGCUCCACCAAAGGCUGAUGUGAAUGAUUUCUCCAUCUCUGCUCGGCACACAGAAGGGCGACACAGUACAGCCAGGAGGUGACAGCACGUUCGGCUCUUCUCACUGGUAUAGACGUCAGUGCACUCCUCUAGGUCCUCUAGUCGGUCUUGCACAGUGACUUCCUCAGUCGCCUUGCGGGCUAUGUCAACCUUCCUUGCACACAAGACACAACGAGGGAGAGAAUCAAACGACAAGCAGCACGCAGCGAGGCAGCUUUGGCCGCCUUACUGCCUGCAGCUGCAGCUGCCCCAGGAGGGCGAAUGAAGCCCUGUUCAGCCGAUUGGGCUCGGUGACCUCCUCAAUGAAUUGGACGAACGGCCCCUCAAGCCACAAAAGGAACGUCUCAUUGCUCCGGACGUCAAACAUGGAGAGCGCGUCCGCAUCUUGGCCCCUCUCUCUGCCCUCCAUCAGGUAUGCCGGCGAUGUGAGAGGCCUGUGGUCGUCCUGGUUGGCCAUCGACGGCUCGGUGAAGUGUAUCAGAUGGCCGUCGCUUUCGAUGCUCUCAUACAGACGCCUCCUUCCUGGUGCCCCGUCUGAUGUCUCGUUGGUAGGGUAAGGCCUCGUCAGGGUCUCAUACACGUGGGAACGGAGUACACGCUCCUGCACAACACACACACAGCCUUACCCAUCAGCCAGGGUGUGAUAACGCUGCCAACUGACGUGGACAGUCCGUGCUCUGUUGGGGCCGACGGCGCUGGCCCAGAAGAAGAUGGCAACGACGAGGAAUAUGACUUCAAUGACCCGCAUGAGCAUGUCAAAGUUGCGGACGGUGAGCUUCAUCUUGGCGCGGUCGAUGUAGUCGGACAGCCGGGGCAGCUUGAGCAUCUCCUCGCUCUCUCGUUGCUGUGUGUCAAGCCGCUCCAGCAUCAUCUUGUCCACACCAGUCUUCCUCAGAUUCUCGAUGUUGACGGCCAUCUCGUCCCACACCGCAGGGCUGUCCUGCGGCGCCACUGCGUGCAGCACCGUCCUGCCUCUCACAAGAGUCAGUGGGUAAGGCCGCCCCUGCAGCGCGUAUCUGCUCGUCUUUGGGAGGGCAAUGCUGCUUAUCGACGCCUGCUUCGGCACAAUGCGCCCAUUUCUGUCCAGGAAGUAGACAGCGUCAGGGUCGAGACCCCAAUAAAGAGAAGCCUGGUGGGCCACGUGCUCCACGGUCUUGGUGACAUCCACGUCGAUAAGGGCAGUUGUUGUGGCCCAGGGGUCACUUCGCGAUGGGACGCUGGCGCCUGUCCGUGCGUCGAGCUGGAAGAGCAUUUUCGGGACAGGUGGCGGCUGGUGGUCAUGGGCGCUGGAUGGCCGCUCUGCGCCGCCCUCUGAGUCUUCCACUAUCCUUCUCAUGGCGGAUGGGUCCAUUCUAUUCAUCAGCACCUCCGUCGUCUGGUCAGCCUUUGCACCUGAGACACGAUAAGAAAACGCGUACAGAUGGCCAGUGGGUCCAGAAGGGGUCGGUUCCCACCUGAUGGGCUGGUGAGCACUUCGAUGCGGAUGGGUACAGUCUGUGCCGUCUGGACGGUGCUGAGAAGAGAAGUCCCACCAGCAAUCACUGAAGCCACAGAGGCGUCCAUCCGGCUCUCCGUCUUGGAAAUAUCAUCCAAUGAGCCAGAAAAGGCGGCAUCGCGUCCAGCAGACUCCACAGCGCCGUCGCGGAAAAGGGGGGCCAUGCUGAGGAACGAAUCGAGGAGCCUUUGGCACUUGUCGUUGAUUUGUAUGAUAUCCUGCGACGUCAGAUUGACUUCUUCGUCCGUCUUGAUGGACGCAAGGCGGCUGCUGUACCGCUCCUUCUCGCGCGUGAGACGUUCCAGGCUCUCUGUAGUCUUGUGAAUGCUGGCAAAUCAACACCACCGAGUCAGAGAGUGCACCAUGCGAGUCUGUCAUCGAUCGAUGUGUGCUUACUCUCCGCGUACGGCAUGCAGUUUGGACUGCAGCUCCACGUUGGCAUUGUGCAGCUCUGUUUGCAGCGCCCUCAGGUACUUGAGACUCCUGGCUUGGUAGACCCUGUCGAGGAUCUCAUCUCCGCCAUUGAGAGGGGCCGCCAGUGGGGGAGGAGAAGGGGCGGCCGGCUCGGGCUGAGGCUGGGGUGGCAGUGGGUCGAUUGAGUCGGCGAUGAGGCUGGUCAUUCGGGGAAAAGGAUGCAAUCAAUGGGAGAGGGAUCCUCCGACGCAGUCUCAGGGCCCCCACAGCAGAUCCCUCGUGCGCGAAUAGAUGGGCGUCAAGGCAGUGGCGUGCCGGCCCUUUAA